AAGAACUAUUCCGACAAAAUGCAAGCUCCUAUCAUUUUGCUGAAAGAGGGAACUGAUUCCUCUCAGGGAAUUCCCCAGAUUAUCAGCAACAUCAGUGCUUGCCAGGCCAUCUCGGAUGCAGUCCGCACAACUCUCGGUCCACGUGGAAUGGACAAGCUCAUUGUGGAUGCUCGUGGAAAAGCAACAAUAUCCAAUGAUGGUGCUACGAUUUUGAAGAAUCUAGAUGUUAUUCAUCCUGCUGCAAGAACUCUUGUAGACAUUGCGAAAUCUCAAGAUGCCGAGGUUGGUGACGGCACAACAAGUGUGACUUUGCUGGCGGGAGAGUUCCUGAAACAGGCCAAGCCGUACAUUGAGGAAGGGGUUCACCCACAGGUCAUCAUCCGCGCUUUCAGGAAAGCCUUGUUUUUGGCAGUGGAGAAAAUGAAAGAAAUUUCAAUGAAGACUAAAAAAGGUGAUAUAAAGGAACAGAGGAAAUUGCUAGAGAAGUGUGCAGCAACUGCUCUUAGUUCCAAGUUGGUGGCCUCUCAGAAAGGAUUCUUCGCCAACAUGGUUUGUGAUGCUGUCAUGUCACUUGAUGAAUUGCUUCCCUUGAACAUGAUAGGAAUCAAGAAAGUACAGGGUGGAGCUCUCGAGGAUUCCUUCCUAGUGGCUGGCGUGGCGUUUAAAAAGACUUUCAGUUACGCAGGUUUUGAGAUGCAGAGGAAGAAGUAUGAUAAUCCCAAAAUUGCACUCCUGAAUGUCGAACUAGAGCUAAAAGCUGAAAAGGAUAAUGCGGAAAUCAGAGUGGAUACUGUUGAGGAAUAUCAGUCAAUUGUGGAUGCCGAGUGGAAAAUCCUGUAUGAUAAACUUGAUAAAAUACAUAAAAGUGGAGCCAAGGUGGUCCUUUCCAAGCUGCCUAUUGGAGAUGUAGCAACUCAGUAUUUUGCUGACAGAGACAUGUUCUGUGCUGGCCGUGUUCCUGAUGAAGAUCUGAAGAGAACGAUGAAGGCAUGUGGUGGGUCUAUACAGACGACUGUCCAGCAGCUUAAAGACGAGGUCCUAGGAACCUGCAUUUUGUUUGAAGAGUCGCAAGUCGGCGGAGAGAGGUUUAACAUCUUCAAGGGUUGUACGAGGGCCAAGACGUGCACACUGAUCCUUCGCGGUGGGGCUGAGCAGUUCAUGGACGAGACAGAGCGGUCACUGCAUGACGCCAUCAUGAUUGUCAGGAGAGCUCUGAAGAACGAUUCCGUUGUAGCAGGUGGUGGCGCCAUUGAAAUGGAACUAAGCAAAUACCUCAGAAACUAUUCUCACACAAUAGCUGGAAAAGAACAACUACUUAUUGCGGCUUUUGCUAAAGCCCUCGAGGUGAUUCCAAGACAGCUCUGUGACAAUGCAGGCUUUGAUGCAACAAAUAUUUUGAACAAACUGCGGCAGAGUCAUGCACAAGGAGGAGUUUGGCAAGGUGUGAAUAUACUGAAGGAAGACAUCACCGACAACUUUGAGGCUUUCGUUUGGGAACCAGCUGUUGUGAAAAUCAACGCCCUAACUGCAGCUUGCGAGGCUACGUGUUUAGUCAUAUCGGUCGACGAAACCAUUCGCAAUCCCAGAUCCUCUGCUGAAGGAGAUGCACCCAAGGGAAGGGGUAGAGGACGACCGAUGUAAAAGGACUAUCUGACAUUCUGUGUUAACUUAAAAUAUUGUACAGCUUUUCACAGUGAGCAAUAUAUUUCAGAUUAACUUUUCUUUACUAUCAAAUAUAUAUGUAAUUUGUAUGGCUAUCAAUUAAUGUUUACGUUUUGUUUUUUGGUAUUCUGUUGAGCAUUGUUCUUGUAAUGACGAGAGACAAAAUUGAACAUACACUGAACAUGUCAGAUUCUUGGUGUUAAAUUACACUUUUCUUUUUUAUGUGACAACUCUGUUACAUUAUUGUUGUAAAACACCCUGGGGUUAAAAUUUAAAAAAAUCCCUGCAAAAUAAUGAUCUCCUGCAAAAUCCUUGAGAAUUCCUAUUUAGAAGGGAAUUAAUUGGGAACUGCAUCCCAGCUUCAUGCAUUUGUCGUACCUUUUGUAAUAAAUUUGAGUGAGA